AUGGACCAGGACAGGGUGAACAGUAUGGACCAGAACAGGGUGAACAGUUUGGAGCAGGACAGGGGUGAACUGUAUGGACCAGGACAGGGUGAACAGUAUGGUCCAGGACAGGGUGAGCAGUAUGGACCAGGACAGGAUGAACAGUAUGGACCAGGACAGGGUGAACAGUAUGGACCAGGACAAGGACAGUGUGAACAGUAUGGACCAGGACAUAGUGAUCAGAAUGGACCAGGACAGGGUGAGCAGUAUGGACCAGGACAGGAUGAACAGUAUGGACCAGGACACGGUGGACAGUAUGGACAAGGGCAGGGUGAACAGUAUGGACCAGGACAGAGUGAACAGUAUGGACCAGGACAGGGUGAACAGUAUGGACGAAGACAGGGUGAACAGUAUACACCAGGUCAGGGUGCACAGUGUGGACCAGGACAGGGUGAACAGUCGGGACCAGGACAGGGUGAACAGUAUGGACCAGUACAGGGUGAACAGUAUGGACCAGGACAGGGUGAACAGUAUGGACCACGACAUGGUGAAGAGUAUGGACCACGACAGGGUGAACAGUAUACACCAGGACAGGGUGAACAGUAUGGACCAGAACAGGGUGUACAGUAUGGACCAGGGCAGCGUGAACAGUAUGGUCCAGGACAGGGUGACCAGUAUGUGCGAGGACAGGGUGAGCAGUAUGGACCAGGACAGGGUGAACAGUAUGUACGAGGACAGGGUGAACAGUAUGGACCAGGACAGGGUGAACAAUAUGGACCAGGACAGGGUGAACAGUAUGGAACAGGACAGGGUGAACAGUGUGGACCAAGACAGGGUGAACAGUAUGGACCAGGACAGGGUGAACAGUAUGGACCAGGACACGGUGAACAGUAUGUACCAGGACAGUGUGAACAGUAUACACAAGGACAGGGUGAAGAGUAUGGACCAGGACAGGGUGGACAGUAUACACCAUGA